AUGUACGGAAAGAUCGCGCUCGAGGAGGCCUGGGCCAUCGAAGAGAACUUCAAAGCCUACGAUGUCUCGAGUCUAGCUCCCAAGGGCGUCAUUGGUGGUGACCUCAUUGCCAAUCUACUAGACGCUCAUGGCACGAGAUUGCAGCAGAUGGAUGAGAACGGCGUAGAUAUGAUGGUCUUGUCUCUCUCCUCUCCGGGACCGCAAGGCCAAGCAGAUCCAGCAGAAGCGGCCAAGCUUGCGACCCUAGCCAACGACAGACUCUCGGACGAGGUUAUGAAGAACCCCAAGCGCUUCGCGGGGAUGGUCUCCGUCAGCAUGCAUGACCCAGCCCAGGCAGGCCAAGAGCUUCGCCGUUGCUUCACUGAGAAGAAGGGUUUCGUAGGCUGCAUCAUCAACGAUUACCAAAGCGCUGGUGACGGGAACACAAUGCUCUUUUACGAUGACCCGAAGUAUGAUGAGUUCUGGAAGGUGGCUGAGGAGAUGGACUGUCCCGUCUACCUCCAUCCGAGAGCCGCAACCCCUCUCAUUCACGAGCAGAUGUGGAAGGGCCGCCCAUGGCUUGAGUUUUCCGCGCUUGGGUAUGCUCACAGGGUCGGCAUGCACUUCCUAGGCAUUGUCACUGCCGGCGUUCUGGACAGGUUCCCUAAGCUGAAGCUCGUCAUUGGCCACAUGGGCGAGCAUAUCCCUUAUGAUCUCUAUCGCAUCGAUCACAAGCUCAAUAGGGCGCGCUUCCCAAAUAUGCCUAUGCGAAAGGAUCGGCUUAUCAGGGACUACUUUGGGACGCAGCUCUUUAUCACUACCUCGGGACAUUUUUCCACGCCGGCACUUCUUUGUGCCAUGCAAGAGAUCGGAGCCCGCUCCAUUAUGUUCUCCAUAGACUACCCAUUUGAGAGCAUACCAAACGGUUGUGUCUGGUACGAUGAGCAUGUGCCGAUCAGCGGGCACGACCUCGUCGAUAUCGGGCGGAACAACGCACUGUCGGUUUUCUCAAAGCUGACCAACGAGGUCCAUGGUCUUGAGACGAAAAGUCCACCCGACUGUGGCGUUGGCGGGCUUGGCCUGAGGAAAGGCUACGAAGGGGAGAGGGAAUACGGCCUGUAUAAUAGGGACUGGAGUCAGAGGCGGAGGUAG